AUGAAGUCGUCCUGGGACGGCCUGCGUCGAUCGUUCAUCGAGCGCACGCACGCGCUGAACGACGCGCUGUCGCGGACGGCGAUCGCGGACGGCGACGACGCGAAUACGACGCGCGCGAGCGCGUCGAGCGACGACGACGGGACGACGACGCGAGACGACGACGACGAAGGACGGCGCGCGACGACGCCGGGCGCGCUGCUGAAGCGCGCGCUGCGACGAGGGACGAAGCGGGCGACGCCGACGCGCGAGACGGGGCGGUACGCGGACGCGGACGACGCGGCGGAGGACGCGACGCGACGGCGGACGACGGCGGCGACGGUGACGCGAGGGACGACGCGAGGGACGACGGCGAAUCGGGUGUUCGUCGCGAUGCGGGUGAUCGGCGGCGACGGCGCGUGCAGGGGACGGAGAGCGCAGACGAUGAGCCGAUCGACGAGGACGAGGGCGCCGGUGUGGAACACGACGCGGGAUUUGCGGUGCGAGGCGCGGUUCGGGGACGCGCUGUGCGUCGAUUUGUACGCGGGCGACGGCGCGAGGGGAGUGGAGAGAGCGACGUUGAUCGCGCGAGGACAGGUUUCGGUGCAGCACGCGCUGGCGAACGAGGGCGCGGAGGUGGCGGUGCCGAUGUACGAUAAAUUGGAGCGCGCGACGUCGCCGGCGACGGUGCACGUCGCGUUGAGGACGCGAGACUUGGCCGAGACGCGCGCGUCGAAACGAAUAUUUUACGUUCGUCACGGCGAGAGCAAGUGGAAUGAGGCGCAGAGAGAUAUUAACAUCGCGAACAUGAUGCGAUUCGAUCAUCCGCUGACCUUGUUCGGGGUGCAACAGGCGCAGGCGCUCGGGGGGCGCGCCGCGGUGGCGUGUUCGCAGGCGCAGGCGGGCGUGUUGGUGCACGCCAACGUGACGAGUACUUCGCCGCCGACGAUGAGCCCGCCGUCUUCGCCGUCGUCGCCAAAAUCUCGAUCGCCAUCGUUGAUGGUCGCGGAAAACGAAGGUUCAGAGUUGUGCGAAUCGUACGGGCGUUGCACGACGUGCUACGUUUCACCGCUGACGCGCGCGGUGCAGACGGCGUGCUUUAUGCUUCAAAGCCACCCGUUAACGGUGCAAGGUGUGAUGAGACAGGUGUGUUUACAAUCUAUUCGAGAGAUUAAAGGCGUGGGAGGUCUGGACACGGUCGGCAUCGAGCAAGGCGAUGGAGUUCUCGAUCGCGCGAAGAAAAAGUUGGCUGAAAUCGUCAACGAUCAAGCCGCCUCUCGCCUCGGUGCUGGCAUGGCGUUCGACCCAAACGAUGCCAUCGGUCAGUGGUGGACGAGCGAGACGGAUUCAGACAACGCGCAAGACGUCGAGGCUCGCAUUUACGAUUUUCUGGAAACGAUGCGACUGCACGACGCGGACGACGCCGUCAUCGUAGUCGGACACUCGCUGUUUCUUCAACAGCUCGUCGCAAAAAUCAUCCCGAAAGCUGACGACGGCGCUGGCAUCAGUGGUUCUGGUGCGACUCGUGUAUCGCCCGAUCCGUUCGACGCGUUUAAAGCGUCGAAGGAUCCAUUCACGCCGGCGCCCGCGACGACGUCGAGCGACCCGUUCGCCGUGCCGCAGCGAAGUACCGUCGGCCCGGACGAUAUUCCCUUUGUGCCGUCCACGUUGGCGGCCGCUCCAAAGGCGGCCAGAAUCGAAAACUCUCACAACAAGGGUAAGGUCUUCGAAAAAUUAAUCAAUCAAAAGCUCUGCAACGCCGGGUGCGUCGCAUUAGAUGUGACGUUCGACGCGUAUGGAAGAGCGACGCUCGAAAACGCCUCGUUGUUGUUUGGGAGCAAAUUUGUUUAA